AUGCUUCCCCUACUUCAUGGAAAUACUGGUCAUUCAUCUGUUGUUAAACUAUCAGUUGAAACAACUGAAAAAAUAAAAUCUUUUAUUAGAUUAAUUGGUAAUCAACAUGAUAAUCAUGUAAGUAAUUGGAGUUUUCGAAGAAUAUGGAAGAACGAUGCUGAGUUAAGUAAGACCAUAAUUAGAAAACUAUCAAAAGAUGUAUGUGACGAAUGUACUCUAUUUAAAUAUGUGUUAAAAGAGUGCAAUAGUGUAGAUGAAAACCUUGAUAUCCAAUUUGUCAAGCAUAUAAUUGAUUAUUGUUUUAUGAAGGAGGCAUAUGAAAAUGAUAUUCGAAUGGCAAAAGAGUGGUACUAUUCAUUAUUGUUGAAAGUACACCAAUUUGAAUUAGUGAAUGAAGGUAUUGAUCACUAUUGGCAUGUUCUUUAUACAGAAGCAAAAGCAUCAAAAGGAGCCAAUGAAGUUACAUCUAUAGUGCAUUCAUUUCUCACUUCUGUUUUGGGUAAAGCAGAUGAAAUCAGUACUUUCUAUGGGCUUGUCACAUUUGGAUAUUUCAAAAGAUCAAAUAUUGCUUCCAGAUCAAAGAGCAUACUUGAAAUUCUGUUGACUGAGGAUUUGGAUGAAUUCAAAUUAUUAAAACCGAAUGUCAAUGCUGAAAGUUUAAAUCCUCAAGAACUCUUGCCAAAAGGUCUUUCUGAAGAAAAACAAGUUGACAUUUGGAACAACAUUCUCCCAUAUUGCCCUAUUGCUUUCUGUGACAAAUUUUGUUCAAAACCAAGUGAUGAUUUAAUUGAAAGGGUUGGAAAUCGGAAAAGGGCCUGUGCAAAAGAGACACAACAAAAACAAAAUAUUAAAAAGAAAUAUAAUUAG